UCCCGCCCUCGCCCUCGCCGUCAACACCUGACGCGGUUAUCAUCUGUUGCAAGCACGAGAGCGACCCGUCACCCAUAAUGGCGAAUCGAACCCUUCAAGAUAUGUCUGCCGUCCUGUCUAAGCACUACCUCGGCGAGUUCAUGAUGCGACUCUGCAACAUCACGUGCACCGAGAUGGUGCGGCCCCUCAGCCAAAAUGGUCUGCAACACCUCGAGCGCUCCAUUCAAGAAGUGGGCUGGAUCGAGAGUUUUGCUCCUUCUGUUGUCAUCCAGCGAGACCACCUCGGUGACAGCCGUGAACUCACUGCCGAGGCCGCGCUCACCGCACCUGCCCACACUCUAGACGGCAACCACAGGGUCACUACGCUGAAGAAGAUGUACGGCGAAAGUGGCGUGUUCCUCGUUCGGGUCUACCUCGAGUUCAACCAGGCGGAUGAGAGGCUAAUUGCCAACGCUUUGAAUGACGCCACCCAGAGCGUCGUGCAGCGAACCCUCUACGACAAAGUGUACUUCCAGCACGAGCUCGAAGAGGCCAUCAAGCGCGAGAUGAAGAAGGACAAAGUUACUCAGGCAGACAUUCGCCGGAGGCUCUCUCACGCGAAGCCCAACCAGCUCGCCCUGUACGUCAAGCCCCACCACAAGCAACAGGCCGACGAGGCGAAAAGACUCCUGGAGAAGGUCUCCACUGCCGACAGAGCCUCCACUUACGUCGUCCAGCUGAAGGAGUCCAUCUCGACGGUGGUGCCAUCGAUGCCGCUGCCACGGAUCAGAAAUGUCAAGUGUUCCAUCACACACAUGGGUGCGUGUGCCAACGCGACCUUUGUCACCGAAGAGAUCGCCGAGGAGCGACGCUGCAUCAAAUGCCCGAGAUCGCUCGACGGCAACGAAGGAGCUGGGGAGGCCGAGGACAAGGCAGGGGGUGUAGGCAAGGGGAAGGAAAAGGGGAAGGGCAAGGUCAAGGGCAAGGGCAAGGAGGCUUCCAGGGGACGUGUCCGGCCAAGUCUUUUGGGUGGACCCUCAGGCAACGAAGCGGUGCUCAUGGACAAGUGCAGAGACGAGAACACCACGCUACACGAUAUUGUCCCUCUCGACCCCACGGGAUCCGACGUCGACAAGCUCUCCUUUCGCAAUGCUCCGAAGCUCGUCAUCGUGUCCAUCGGCGCGGAGCAAAGGCUCCUGAGGACCUCCGAGGCGACCAACACCCACCUUCGCAGGGUUAUCGACAACGUGCGCGGAAGGAUGCACCCCGACGGCACCAUCGCACUCGUAGUGCCUCACCCAUGGAGCGCGCACUUCCAUCGCCUCCAAGAGGCGGUGCGAGACGCAUGCGUGGGCUUGGUUGUCGAAGAUCAUCCUCUGAUGCUAAACUACUCCAAGAGGGUGGGAGGGCGUCCUCCCAUACGCGCCGAGAACCAUCUAAAGAAUCACCUCGACAUGGUGCUCCUCAUCCACAACGAGGGAGCUACGUUCACUUGCAACAAGCGAGUGACUGUAGACGACCCGUUUGGCUUUGGGAGUGACGCCUCUCCAUCGAUGCAGCUCAUGACUGAUGUCGAAUACGAAGGUGCUGCGACUGACAUCGUCAUGAGGCCGCUCCACUUCCUGAUCAACAGGUACACGCAUGCCGGGGAUACGGUCGCCUCCUUGAGUGCAGAGAGGCACAACGUCGUGGAGGCAGCCCUCGAAAGGAGUAGGAGGGUGGAGGUGUUCGUCGCUAAUCCGAACUCGAAGGAGGAAGUCCGAAAAAACUUGCUCGCCUCGUUUAGCCGCGCGUACAAGGCCGGCAAGUGGAAGGCAUCCACGUCCCUCGCGCAAGAGCGUGUGAUCAGCCCUUCGUGUCUGCCCUUGGGAUUGGAGGCAAACGUCAUCCCUCAUGAAGUACAUCGUUUCGUUGACUCGACUAUGAACCAAGAGGGACCCGCCAUGGGAGAAGCCGAGGCUUCCCUCCGUGUUGCGACCACCUUGGCGAAGGAAUUCGGCUAUAGCCUCGAGUCCCCAGAAGGCUGGCGGUCGGGUUCCUCGGAAGCGCUUUUGCUGCCGCGGCGGGAUAUGGACUACCACGUGAACUCGCACGACCUUCCGGCGUGGGGCCAGUUGGAAGUCUUCAACUCCAGGCCAGAGGCGUUCCAUUCACUCAGUGUUGACGAACGAGAAGACCAGCGCGUCCGGUUGCUUCAUGUGGCCAACAACGUCCAACUCAAGCGCAUGCUUGUUCCCGGGAAGGAGGUUUGUGGGCCCGGCGCAGAGCUCUACUUGCGCGUGGCACCCACGUGCCCCUUGUACUACAUGCGCUGGACGAAUGACGUCAAGCAGGCGACCGUCGAGUUUACGUCAAAGGUGCCACAAUCCGGGAGUCGCGCUGAAGUACUUGGCCCUUUUUCCCAAGUGGAGGGACACGCUUUCGCCACGCCCAUGAUCGGGAGGGUAUUCCGAGCCAGGUCGAAGACCGACCCGAGAUCACCGCUCAACGUUCUACCGGGGUUUGCUGUGGUGCGGUCUCAAGGGUUUGAAGUGCGGGAAUCGGACUCGGACUCCCCACCUGCGGCAGGCAGAAAGCGCAAGCGCCCACUAAGGGCCACGGGUGGAGGGCGUGGGAAAGGUCGCAAGCUUCGAAACGGGGCGGGUGGUUCUUCGUCCGACGAAAGUGACGAGGCUGAGGAAGAAGAGGAAGGGGAUGAGGAAGACGACGACGACGACUAUAAAGGGCAAGCAGAGGGCGAGGAAGAGGAUUACGACGACGAAUGAGACAGAGAUGUCUAAGAAGGGGAGCGGGAAUGAGGUGUCAUGGUCGGAUGGCGGGGGUAAGGGGCCGGGGAGGUUCGACUGAAUGGAUGGAGGGUCAUGGCCGGACGAACGCGGGGCGGGGUGGGUGCAGGAAGGCGCAGGAGGAGCGGGGGGAUUCUCGAUUGAUUGAAGUCAAACACAGCUGCAAGAAACACACACGUAGUUUUCAACGUGAAUGAAGAUUGAAUGUGAUGAUACCCCUUUCUAUUUGUUUUUUGUCUGUAUCUUUUUACGAGCGAGCGUGAGAUUUCGUUUGGAGGGGAUUUGAAACGAAGAAAAUCAAAUGUCUGUCUUGAGCCUGUCUGUCCGUCGGUUUGGCCGUUGUUGUUGCUGUGUGUGGUAGUUUUCGUGCAGCUUGUUCUUCGGCUCUUCUACGACUACACAACUAGAGUUGGAACUAUGCGUGUUGUUACACAGCGACAGCACUACGCUCUAUGCGAGGUAAUAACUAACACUAGGAGUCACCAUCAC